UUCACUACUACCCAGAAAAGGAAGCAUACACUCCUGGACAGAGGUCUCAGCCUGUGAAACAUCCAGACAACUUACAGACCAGUGGGAAGAUCUUGUAUCCAAGCAAAGAAUCUUAUGCUCCAGGUGAAAGAGCUCCAAGAACUGAACACCCUGAUAAUUUGAGACCUGAAGGACAAAUGGAAUUUCCUGGAAAAGAAGGUUACCAACCAGGGGAAAGACCAAGACAAUCCAAGGUACAAGAUAAUUUAAGACCAGAGGGCUCCAUGGAAUUUCCAGAGAAGGCUCAAUAUACCCCUGGACAAAAAGCCAAGCCUGUCACACAUGGAGACAAUCUUACCACAGGGGGAAAAAUGGAGUUUCCAUCCAAAGAAGGCUAUCAACCUGUACCCAGAUCCAUGCCAUCAAAACUCCAUGAUAACUUGAAGCCAGAAGGAGAAAUGGACUUUCCUGAAAAAUCAAGCUAUACACCUGGGCAGAGACUUCCAGCAAAGAAAGCUCAAGACAAUUUGCAUCCUGAAGGGGUUCACUACUACCCUGAUCAAGACCAAUAUACUCCUGGCAUAAGAUCUCAGCCUGUCAAGCACCCUGACAACUUGCAAACUGGAGGCAAAAUCCUAUACCCAUCCAAGGAAUCAUAUGCCCCAGGGGAACGCAUGCCCAAGACAGAACAUCCUGACAACCUCAGACCAGAAGGGCAGAUGUUGUUCCCUGGAAAAGAGACCUACACCCCAGGAGAGAGAUCAAGGCCCACAAAAGCUAUUGACCAUCUGAAACCAGAAGGAACCAUUGAUUUCCCUGAGAAAGGAAGUUAUACUCCUGGUGAAAAGGCCAUUCCUGUGGCCUAUGGAGACAACAUCAUUUCUGAAGGGAGAAUGGAAUUUCCUCAAAAGGAAGCAUAUCAAGGUGUACCAAGACGUCAGCCAACUAAAACUCUUGACAACCUGAAACAAGAAGGUGAAAUCCAGUUUCCAACCAAAGAACAAUAUCAUCCAGGAGAAAGAAUCCAACCCAAGAAAGCUGCUGACAAUCUCCACACAGAAGGAAUCCACUACUACCCUGAAAAAGAAGGUUACACUCCAGGACAAAAGUCACAGCCAGUAAAACAUUCAGACAAUCUUCAAACUGGAGGAAAGAUUUUGUAUCCAUCAAAAGAAAAGUACCAGCCAGGAGAAAGGGCAUCUAGAAAGGAGCAUCCUGACAACCUUAGACCAGAGGGACAAAUGGAAUUCCCUGGCAAAGAAGAGUACACACCCACCCAGAGGCCAAAGGCAAUGAAACUUGGUGAUAAUCUAAGACCAGAGGGAUCCAUGGACUUCCCAGAGAAGGCUGAGUAUACUCCUGGAGAAAAAGCUAAACCUGUUACCCAUGGUGACCAUUUGACACCAGAAGGCAACAUGGAGUUCCCAUCAAAACAGGACUACAAGUCAGUGCCAAGGCCACAAGCAGCCAAAUUCAGAGACAACCUGAAGCCAGAAGGUAGCAUUGACUUUCCAUCUAAAGAAGUCUUCCAAGCUGCAGAAAGAGCACAUGUGAAGAAACAGGAGGAUAACCUUCAUGCAGAGGGACAGCACUUUUAUCCACAAAAGCAGGGAUUUACUCCUGGUGAAAAAGCACAACCAGUCAAACAUGCUGAUAACUUGCAAACAGGUGGAAAAAUCUUGUAUCCAAGCAAAGAAUCUUAUUCACCUGGGGAGAGAAUGCCAAAGGCAGAACACCCUGACAAUCUCAGACCAGAAGGACAAAUGGAGUUUCCCCAAAAAGACACCUAUCAACCUGUUCAAAGGGCUAAACCCACUAAAAUGCAAGAUCAGCUCAAACCAGAAGGUUCCUUUGAGUUCCCAGAGAAAGGACAAUACAUUCCUGGAGAAAAGGCUAAACCUGUGGCAUAUGGAGACAACCUUGUUCCUGAAGGAAAAAUGGAGUUCCCAGAGAAGGAAGGAUACACACCUGUGAAAAGAUCUCAACCAUCCAAAUUGGUUGACAAUCUGAGGCCUGAAGGAGCCAUGGACUUCCCAGCAAAGGAAGAAUCUUAUUCACCUGGGGAGAGAAUGCCAAAGGCAGAACACCCUGACAAUCUCAGACCAGAAGGACAAAUGGAGUUUCCCCAAAAAGACACCUAUCAACCUGUUCAAAGGGCUAAACCCACUAAAAUGCAAGAUCAGCUCAAACCAGAAGGUUCCUUUGAGUUCCCAGAGAAAGGACAAUACAUUCCUGGAGAAAAGGCUAAACCUGUGGCAUAUGGAGACAACCUUGUUCCUGAAGGAAAAAUGGAGUUCCCAGAGAAGGAAGGAUACACACCUGUGAAAAGAUCUCAACCAUCCAAAUUGGUUGACAAUCUGAGGCCUGAAGGAGCCAUGGACUUCCCAGCAAAGGAAGGUUUCCAAGUGGGGGAGAGACUGCCAGCAAAGAAAGCAACAGACAAUCUCCAUUCAGAGGGUGUUCACUACUACCCAGAAAAGGAAGCAUACACUCCUGGACAGAGGUCUCAGCCUGUGAAACAUCCAGACAACUUACAGACCAGUGGGAAGAUCUUGUAUCCAAGCAAAGAAUCUUAUGCUCCAGGUGAAAGAGCUCCAAGAACUGAACACCCUGAUAAUUUGAGACCUGAAGGACAAAUGGAAUUUCCUGGAAAAGAAGGUUACCAACCAGGGGAAAGACCAAGACAAUCCAAGGUACAAGAUAAUUUAAGACCAGAGGGCUCCAUGGAAUUUCCAGAGAAGUCUCAAUACACCCCUGGACAAAAAGCUAAGCCUGUUACACAUGGAGACAAUCUUUCCCCAGAAGGAAAAAUGGAGUUUCCAUCCAAAGAAGGGUAUCAGCCUGUUCCAAGAUCUGUCCCAUCCAAGCUUAGUGACAAUCUCAAACCUGAAGGAACCAUGGAGUUUCCUGAGAAAAUGGGUUUCCCACAAGGAGAGAGAGUUGCAGUCAAAAGAACCACUGAUAAUUUGCACCUUGAAGGGACAAUGGAUCUUCAGAGAAGAGAUGACUACUCUACCACCCAAAAGGCAUCUACUGUCACCAAGGUCACAAGACAGGACAACUUGAAACUUGAAGGCAGCCAUGAGUUCACCAGGAGGCAGGCAGAGGAAUACAAGGCAACCUCUGCAGAACAC